AAUCAGAAAAUGUAGAGAUCUAGAAGGCCUCCACCACCCCUUUUUCCUUUUCACGGCGGAUGAGCGUGGUUUAGUUGUGAACACCACCAUCACACCCCACCUCUCCCCGCCCCGUUAACCGCCACAAACCGGUGUACAUUUGGAUUUCCGUUCAAUAAAUGCAUCAUUGAUUGAUUUCAACGUGAUUGAUUUCUCCGCAUUGAAUUUAAUUUAAAAUUCAAUAGAAAUACAAACACACACCACCAAUCAUCAUGUCCGCGCUUUCUUCAACGUCCCCGUUUCAGUUACUUGAAAUCAACAUCAUUGCGGCGCAAGACCUAGCCCCGGUUUCCAAAGCAAUCAAGGCCUAUGCGGUUGCGUGGUUGCGCCCUGAGCGGAAAUUGGCCACACAAAUUGACCAAGUGGGGCACACCAACCCCACUUGGAAUGAGAAGUUUGUCUUUCGUGUUGACGAGGAGCUUCUCAACUCGGUCAUCAUGAUCGAGAUCUACGCCUCUGCUUGGCUCCGCGACGUCCUCAUUGGCACCGUUGGCGUCCUCGUCAGCAACCUCCUCCCUUCUUGCGCCCGCUCAGGGAACCGGAAACCGAAGCUCCGGUUUGUGGCCCUGCAGAUUCGCAGGCCCUCCGGGAGGCCGCAGGGGAUUCUCAACAUCGGCGUCGCACUCCUCGACAGCACCAUGAGGAGCAUGCCGAUCUACUCUGAUCUCAGCAUCUCUUCCGUCGGGUAUUCCAACCUAACGGACGCCAACAAGAACAAGAACAAACCAGAUCCAGAGGAGACCAAUGAAACAGAUUAUUCAAAGUUCAUGACGCUGCAACGAUGCCAGAGCGAGAAGAAUGACUCGACCAUCAAUGAUUACACCUACCACGGUGCCGUCGGGAAAAACGGUGGUGGUUACGUGUUCGACGCGCAAGACUCGGACAUCGUGGUGGUUCGGAAAGGGGGUGUUGAGUCGAUAUGCUCCGACGUGGGGCCAUCGCCGUCGGUGGUGGCGGCGGCGAUAGCAAAGGGACUGUAUCCUGUGGCGCAGACAGUAGAGAGCUACUCGGCGGUGGACGUUUGGUCGGAGAGUAACUGCACAGAGGGAAUGAAGACAAAGAUGGAGAGGUGGAGGAUGGAGUUGACGCCAGCUUACGAAGUGUACGACGCAGAUGAAGAAAUGAAGAAGAAGUUGAAGCAAACGCCGAAGCGUGCGACGAAAACGCCGGGAAGGGCGAACCAGCGGCGUGGAAAUGGGUUGUUUUCGUGUUUUGGGACGGCGUUUGGGUGUGAGUUUUCAGUAACUUGCGGAGGACAUGGGCGGAAAAAGAAGCGGGGAAGCGGCGGGAAGGUUCAUCUUACGAGUGCAUCUGAAGUAACAUUUGAUGAAUCUUCUAUAUAAAUGAUUGAUAGUCCGUUUGAAUGCAAGCAAAAAAGCACUUAUGAGAGUUUAUUCAA